AUGGUGUUUCACCAGACCCAAAGAAGGUCCAAGCAAUCCAAAACGUUCCAGAACGCUGGCGAGGUUCGCAGUAAUCUGGGAUUAGUCACGUACUGCGGUCGCUUUAUCCCUGAUUUAGCAACGAUCUCUGCGCCCUUACGCGAAGUGACUAAAGAUGCAGCACCCUGGUCAUGGGGAACUGAACAACAACAAGCUCUCGUGCAGACUCGUAAACGUGUUGCACAAUGCUGUACUAUGGCCUACUUUGAUCCAGCUAAGAAAACAGAGAUCUUAGUUGAUGCCAGUCCAGUCGGUCUCGCUGGAAUCCUCGCCCAACACAACGCCAGUGGUGAACUUUCGAUCGUAGCACUCGCAAGUAGAUCACUCACGCCAGUGGAACAACGCUACUCGCAGACUGAGCGUGAAGCAUUGGCAAUUACAUGGGCCAUACUCCACUUCCAUCUGUACGUUUAUGGUGGAUUGUUUACGGUUAUGACGGAUCACAAACCGCUGGUGACAUUGUUCAACAACCCGAACAAUCAAGCACCAGCAAGGAUUGAGCUACCCAAGACUGUCAAGAUCGACGACAUUCGCACCGCAACGCAACAAGACGACAUACUCCAGCACUGCAUCAACGCACUGGUCACUGGAAAUUGGGACAUAGCCCUUAAACGACCAAACGCACAGCAAAAAAGUGACCCGCUUUGGAGUCUGUACAAGAUACGCACUGAGCUAACAACGACGACUAAUCGUGAUAUCUUGCUCCGUGGCACACGCAUCGUCAUUCCUCACGCUUUGACUCAAACUAUCAUUGACAUCGCGCACGAAGGACACCAGGGAAUCACCAAAACCAAACAACUCCUACGCGAAAAAGUAUGGUUCCCUGAAAGCGAUCGUCUCGUUGAAAAAACCAUCCGUGAUUGCCUCAUGUGCCAGGCCACAGCUAUGGAUAACACCAGAGCUCCACUUCAAAUGUCACCGCUCCCCAAAGGACCCUGGCUGGAGGUUAGUGUUGAUUUCUGUGACCUCCCCACUGGAGAACAUAUCUUAGUUGUUACCGACGACUCCAGUCGAUAUCCUGCAAUUGAAAUUGUCACAUCAACUUCCGCUCGAGCCGCCAUUCCGAAGCUCGAUCGCAUAUUCGCUGCCUUCGGCGUGCCUCAAGUCGUACGUACUGACAUCGGCCCACCUUUCAAUAGCAGCGAAUUUGAAAACUUCAGUGACUACCUAGGAUUUCGACAUCGCAAAGUUACACCCCGUUGGCCACGCGCGAACGGAGAAGUUGAACGCUUAAUGAGAACUCUGAAGAAAACUUAUCGCACAUCCAUCGUUGACUGCAAACCAUGGAAACAAUCCAUGUACCAAUUCUUACGCAACUACCGCGCCACACCUCAUGCUACGACUGGUAUCCCACCGGCUACUCUUCUCUUCGGUCGACCAAUCCAGACACGCCUUCCUCAGACUACACAACAAUGA